UAUGACAUUUCAUUUCAUUAUCCUUAAAAAAACAACAAUAGAUAAGCUUGUAUUCACAUAUUUUAGUAUGAUUCACGAUAUUUUUAAAUAAUUCUAAUAUUUUUGUACAGUCCGUCAGCUUUUCUUUACAAAAGUGUAACAUAACUGGAAAACUAUAAUGGGUCUUUUUGGCAAUGCUACCGAUGCGACGAUUCAAGACGAAGUUGAACGAGCCACAAGUGAUAAAUUGGUUGAAGAUGAUUGGGGGUUGAUUAUGAAUAUUUGUGAUAAAGCUGGCAAAUCUAGUGAAGAUGCUAGAACAUGGUUAAGGGCUAUAGUAAAAAGACUAUAUAAUUCUGAUCCUCAUGUUGGAACAAAAGCAGUAACAGUUUUGGAUGCUUGUGUAAAAAAUUCGGGAAAAACAUUUCAUAUAGAAUUGGCAUCCAGAGAAUUUGAAAACGAUUUUACAAAAUUAAUGUCAAAAGGUCACAGUCACGUUGCCAAGAGGCUGAGGGAAUCUUUGAAGAAAUGGGCUGAAAAUGAAUUCAAAUCAGAUGGACAGCUUACACUCAUUCCAUCUUUAUACAAUAAACUUAAAACUACUUACGAUUUUUCAUCUUCAGAUACUCCUGUAAAGAGAGCAACAGCCAAGUCUAAUGACCCAGACGUGGUGGAAUCGCAGGAAGAAGAGGCUCAGAUUUUAAAGGCAAUAGAGUUGUCUUUGAAAGAGACAUCAGGUUCUCCAAGAAAUACAAGUACCGCAAGCUCAUCUCUAUAUCCUUCUGUUAAUAUUCCCACAGCAUCAUCUAAUGUGAAUAGUACAGCUCCAGGUAAGGAACCUAAAAAAGUCAGAGCAUUGUACGACUUUGAGGCGGCAGAGGAUAACGAAUUAACUUUUGGAUCAGGCGAAAUAAUUGUUGUUAUUGAUGAUUCCGAUCCAAAUUGGUGGAAAGGUAGCAACCAAAGGGGAGAAGGUUUAUUCCCUGCUAAUUUUGUAACAGCUGAUUUAUCAGUAGAACCUGAAAAGUUUUUGAUAGACAAGACCAAGAAAAUGGUUCAGUUCAAGGAUGAAGUGAAAGUUUUAGAUAAAGAGCCACCUCAGGAUAUAGAAGUUAAUGAAGAUAAAAUAGAUAGACUGCUUCAUUUACUCCAUGAGGCGGAUCCCACUAAUCCUGAAACAGAUACAGACGAAUUGUUGAGCUUAGAACGAGAAGUAAAUGCAAUGGGCCCACUAAUCGAUUCUGAAUUGGAAAGAGUAGACAGGAAACAUGCACAACUUACCCAACUGAGUGCUGAUUUAGUUGAAGCUCUUUCACUUUAUCACACGUUAAUGAGAGAACCACAGUUGCCAUCAAUGGCAAAACAAGGCUAUGAACCAACUUAUGGAUACGGUCCAGCAUCAGUUGGUUCUAUGUACAAUGGUAUGCCCAUGGGUAUGCAGCAGCACCAUCAACCACCCCAAUCAAUAGGUUAUCAAAUACCAGGCCCACCAGGAUUACCAUCUGCAGUACAAGAAAGGAUACCUUAUGUCCCUAACAUGCAACAGUACGGAAUACACCAACAGCAUCCGAUGCAUUCCAAUAUGCCUCACAAUCCUCAAGGACAUAUGAUGCCAAUGCAGCCACCACCUGGUAUGCAUGCAUUGCCUGGCCCAGGUAUGCCAGGUGGAAUGCCACAACCAAAUUAUCAACCGAUGCACGAAGAUAGGAGAAUGGAAGUUCAAGUACCAUUGCCCCAAUUUCAACAAAACAUGCCACCAAAUUAUGGUCAUCCAAGUCUGUCUCAAUCAACAUUUCCUAAUACCGGUCCCGUUCAAAAUGGACCUGCGCAUUCUAAUCAACAACCUCACUUUGUGUCCUCCAGCACUCACAUAAUGCAAUGAAGACUACGAUGUUAAUGAUGAAUCAAUGAAUCGUUUUAUUUGAACUAAUGUAAAUUUCUUUAUGGAAGAAGAGAUAUAAAUGUUGGUUCUCAAGAAAAUUUUUAGUGGAUAGAAAGCUGAAACAUUCCUUUUGGAGAAUUGAAUAUUAUUACUAGAUUUUAAAUCAUUCAAAGUUGUAAAUAAACCCUAUCUUCUUGCAUAAUUUGAUUUACGAAAAAUUCAGGCGAUUGGUACUUCAAAAUUUGAAUUAAAGUACGAAAUACCAAUGUUUUGUCUGAUUUAGUUGGUUUAAAUAUUUAAUAAAUUGUGAUUUAUUUAGUUUUUAGAUUAUUUACCAAUAUGUAAUAUAAAGAUUAGUUCUAUAUAUGUACUGAAAAUUAUGAGUAACUCGAAGAACUUUUUGUAUACAAUUUUUCUUUGUUUUUUAAAAAUACAGAAGAAAAAUAAACUUUGUUUAUCACCAUUAGUAUAUUCCCGCUUAAAAAAAACUAAGAUAUUUGUGCAUAUAUUUUAUGCUAUAUGUAAAAGCUUAUAAUGUUUCUUACAGAUGGACCCUAAUGUUAUGUGAAGAUUUUAUACUUUGAAGUUGUAAGGCGCAGGCGUCUUAAUAUAUAUGUAACGGUUAAAGUCCGAUGUCCGGUUAAUGUCGACAUUAACAUGUUAAUGUUUGGGUUAGGUUAUGUUUUUGGCUGUUUUGUUGUGUUAUUCUCGAGAUUCACCGGGUAAUGUCGACAUUAACCGGACAUCGGACCUUAACCGUAACAUAUAUUUGUCAAAUUUAACAUUUUUUGCUUUAAAUUUGCUUGGUUACGUAAAGUUAUAUUUAUAAAAAAAAUAUACCGACUGGAGAAGAAUGAUUUGAUUUAUAUUUGUCUUCUAUGAAUAAUGAUCAGUUUUGUGUAUGGUGAAAUGUCAAAAAUAUGCAGGGGCGUAAAUGAUAAAAUGCGAGAAAUUCUGGAGGUAAUUACUCACCUAUAUUUUUUAACAAGUUGCCUUCUAUAUUUUCGCGUUUAUUAAUUUACAAUGUAUAUUUAUGAAAUAGCAUCUAAUUUAGUUAUUUGAUAAAUUUUGAAUGUUGAAUAAAAGGAAUAAUGCCUGCAAAAUAGACCACCAUCUAUGUAAAAAAUAUUUUGAAAAAUGGUUUUAUUUGUUUCAGAUAUAUUUGCAAAACUUUUUAGAAACAGUCGACUUUAGAGUAGAUACUGCUAAAUGGUUUAUUAAACAUACCAUACAUAAUAAUUAUAGUUAAGUAGGUAGUGCCAUAGCAUUUUUAUUUCAAAUUUAUUUAGUUUUGACACCGUUAACUGAAUUUUUAAAACUUGGCAAAUUUCUGACUAAUUAUCUGGUUUUGCCAAUUUAAAAAAAAUCCUUUUAAAAUGCUUAAAACUAAAAAAUGAAUAACAAUAUUCUUGACAUGUAGUUUAA